AUCCAUAGCACACCUAGAAAAAUGGAAGCACCUUCUUCAUCAUCAUUUAUUCUUUAUCUUCUCCUUCUUUACUUUUGAACCAAACCCUUUUCACCAGAGUCUCUGAUUCCAUUUCUUCAACUUAAUAUAUAUACUUUCUGUGUUGUUUUCGUUUAUGGGGGCUGCUAUUUCUUCAACAGCUAAAAAAGAUGAAGGGUCUAUUUGUCAAUCAUCAAGGCCUAGUCUUGGUGAUAUCCCAGAGAGUUGCAUCUCCUCUCUGCUCAUUUAUUUUGAUCCACCUGAUAUCUGCAAAUUGGCAAGAGUGAACCGUGCUUUUCACAGAGCUUCCUCUGCUGAUUUUGUAUGGGAAUCAAAGUUGCCACAAAGCUACAAGUUUCUUGCUAAUAAAGUUCUCGGUGAAGAAAAUAUUUCUGCUAUGACUAAGAAAGAGAUUUAUUCAAAACUGUGUCUACCCAAUCGAUUUGAUGGUGGUACCAAAGAAGUUUGGAUGGACAAAUGCAGUGGACAAAUUUGUUUGUUCAUGUCAUCAAAGUCCUUGAAGAUAACAGGAAUAGAUGAUAGAAGAUACUGGAAUUAUAUUCCAACUGAGGAAUCCAGGUUCAAGAGUAUUGCAUAUCUUCAACAAAUGUGGUGGGUUGAAGUGGUGGGGGAGCUUGAGUUUGAAUUCCCAGUGGGGAGUUACAGCUUAAUUUUCAGACUCCAAUUGGGUAAGGCCUUCAAAAAAUUGGGCCGGCGCGUGUGCAACGUUGAUCAAGUGCAUGGCUGGGACAUCAAGCCCGUCCAAUUCCAACUCUCCACAUCGGACGGUCAGCGUUCACACUCAGAGUGUUACUUGCAUGGGCCUGGGGAGUGGGUCUAUUACCACGUUGGAGAUUUCGUGGUAGAAAAGCCCAAUGAAACAACAAACAUCAAGUUUUCUUUGGCCCAAAUUGAUUGCACUCACACCAAAGGUGGCCUCUGCGUAGACGGUGCCAUAAUUUGCCCAACUAAGUUUAGAGAGACACUAAAAUUUUUUAGCUAGCUAUUAUGCUUUACACAGUUUAAUUAAGCACUUGUGUAAGAAAGAGAAAAAAAGGGGUAUUGUUUCGAGAAUAUUCCAGUAGCCCUUGUUUUUAGGUGGGAUUGACUGUUCUUCUCUUUCUUAAUGUGUAGGAAUUACGAAUGUGAAAUAGAAGUUGCUAACUCGUACAGUUGCUAUUCAGAGUAAUUUG